AUGCCGGGUAUCGUCUCAAUCAAAACUCCGGCGGACGCGCCGCCGUUGCGCGUCGCCGUGCCGGAGACUCAGCUCCUCCCACCCGAACCCGCGAACCCGCCCCGGACUCCGAUCAAGAAGCCACCGUCCCCAUCUCCAACCCCAUCCCGAUCCAAACCCUCCCCCGGUCGACCCGGGAAAAAGCAACCCGGCUCGCCGAGUCUAUCCUCCGCCGCCGCCGCGGCCGACGAUCCGUCCCUCGACAACCCGGAUCUUGGCCCGUUCCUCCUAAAGCUCGCCCGCGACGCCAUCGCCUCCGGCGAAGGACCCAACAAAGCCCUAGACUACGCGAUCCGCGCCACCAAGUCGUUUGAGCGCUGCUACGCGGCCGCUGCGCCCGCGGUCCCCGGCGGUGGAGACGGCGGACCCGUCCUCGACCUCGCCAUGAGCCUCCACGUGCUCGCCGCCAUCUACUGCAGCCUCGGCCGGUUCGAGGAGGCGGUCCCACCGCUGGAGCGGGCCAUCCAGGUUCCCGAUCCGACCCGAGGAUCCGACCAUGCUCUGGCGGCGUUUUCCGGCCACAUGCAGCUCGGAGAUACGUUCUCGAUGUUGGGUCAGAUCGAUCGAUCCAUCGCUUCCUACGAGGAAGGGUUGAAGAUCCAGAUCCAGACCCUGGGUGAUACGGAUCCACGAGUAGGAGAAACUUGCAGGUACUUAGCAGAAGCUUAUGUUCAGGCAAUGCAGUUCGAUAAAGCAGAGGAGUUGUGCAAGAGGACUCUUGAAAUCCACCGGGCACAUAGCGAGCCGGCCUCUCUGGAGGAGGCGGCUGACCGGAGGCUCAUGGCCAUCAUUUGUGAGGCCAAAGGAGAUUACGAAAAUGCCCUUGAACACCUCGUCCUCUCCAGCAUGGCCAUGAUCGCCAACGGACAAGAAUCUGAGGUUGCCUCCAUUGAUGUCAGCAUCGGGAACAUGUACAUGGCGCUUUGCCGGUUUGAUGAGGCUGUUUUCUCGUACCAGAAGGCUCUUACUGUGUUCAAGUCCUCUAAAGGUGAGAACCAUCCAUUGGUAGCUUCUGUAUUUGUCAGGUUGGCUGAGCUAUACCACAGGACAGGGAAACUACGCGAGUCCAAGUCCUACUGCGAGAAUGCAUUGAGGAUAUACAACAAGCCGGUUCCUGGCACGACUGUGGAGGAAAUUUCCGGUGGAUUGACAGAGAUUUCAGCGAUCUACGAGUCAGUGGAUGAACCCGAGGAGGCAUUGAAGCUGCUUCAGAAAGCAAUGAAGUUGCUCGAGGAUAAACCAGGACAGCAGAGCACCAUUGCAGGGCUAGAGGCUAGGAUGGGAGUGAUGUAUUACAUGUUGGGAAGGUACGAGGAUUCGAGGAAUGCAUUUGAGAGCGCAGUGAUGAAGCUAAGGGCGGCAGGGGAGAGGAGAUCUGCAUUCUUCGGGGUGGUAUUAAACCAGAUGGGAUUGGCCUCCGUUCAGCUCUUCAAGAUCGAUGAGGCUGCUGAACUGUUUGAAGAAUCCAAAUCAAUCCUUGAAAGUGAAAGAGGGUCAUGCGAUCAGGACACCCUCGGUGUUUACAGCAAUCUCGCUGCCACCUACGACGCCAUGGGAAGGAUAGAGAAGGCAAUUGAGAUGCUGGAGCAGGUGGUGAAGGUGAGGGAAGAGAAGCUGGGGAUAGCGAAUCCAGACUUCGAGGAAGAGAAGAGGAGAUUGGCGGAGCUUCUGAAGGAGGCCGGAAGGUCCAGAAACCGCAAAGCCAAAUCCCUUCAGAAUCUGAUCGAUCCGAACGCCCCCCGACCCGCCAAGAAAGACUCUUCCUCCGCCAAGAGAUGGCCCUCUCUCGGGUUCAAGUUCUGACUGAUAUUCACACGACAUGCGUCGCAAUUCCACACACACGCAUAUAUAUAUAUAUAUAUAUAUAUAUAUCUUAUCAUAUGAUUGCGCCUUUUUCGGACGCUGUAGCAUGAAAUGGGCCUCUCUGAUUGUAUGUACAGUGUCUGUUUAUUUGGGGUUUGUUGUAGCAUUUGUCAAGCUGGUGGUCCUUGUUGAGUUUUGUGAGAAUCUCGAGUUUCUAAUUCUUUUCUUUUUUUUCUUUUUCUCAAAUGAUUUUCACCUUCAUCUGUUUCAUUUAACGUUUCUUUUU